CUUCAAGUACCCAGCUCCUGAAACUAGGUCGCCGACUCGCACUCCUGCGCACGUUACCAAACAUGGCCUAAAUCCCUUUCCUCGAAAACCCUUUCAAAGCCCUGAAAACACUCGCCACCCACAGUCAAAACCUUUGGCUUCCUGGCCACAAUGCUCGGCUUCUCGUCAGCCCCCGCCGACGGCGCCUCAUCCACUGGAGAUCUCGUGCCUUUUUCGUCGGAAGCCCGAGCCACCGCAGUCUGCCCCCUCCACCACGGCCUCAAGCCACCGAUCUCUCGCCUUUCCAUCUCCUGGGCGCGAGGAAACUCCCUCCGCGUCUCAUUCUUCCGGAGACCAUCCGGAGAUGACUCCGAAGGAGACGAAUUCGGCGGGAAAGUGUUGGAGGUGAGGCUCAGCGGUGGAGAUGGAGAUGGAGAUAUGAGUGACGCGCAGUUCCGGAGGAUCGCGUACGGUUCCGUCUCACCGUUCGCUCUUCUUCAGAGCCGGAGAAACUCUGCCGCCAGCUUGUCGAAGAUCUCGUCUCCGUAUCACGUUGAGUGGUGGGAGUACGUGAUGGAGUAUAGCAAGGACAUAAAUUCACUGCUCGGUGAUCCUAAGUCGCUUACCAGUCCAGCGAUUGAAGAUCCAAAGGCCGUUUUACAGAAAGCUGAGGAGCCAAUCUGUCUGAAAGCUGCAUGGGACGUGAUGGAAAUAUUUUAUGCUGACAAGCAAUCUCAAUCAUGGCUACCUGAACGGCUUGUUGAUUGGUUAGCUGCUUACGAUGGUCUUCUCUCCUCGACACAAGCAACAAUCCAUUCACAACUUGUAUCUUUUCAGAAAGAGCUUGUUGCUUUACAGGUCAUCGAGGAUAGUCCUAAAUAUUGGGAAGUAUUGUCGGCAGCAUUGGCAGUUGGCUGGCUAGAUGUUGUGGUGAAAAUGCUGCGCUUGCAUGGAUCUUAUCAGCUCGACCAGAUUGGAAAUCGCGAGACAGAGAAUGGAUUGGUAGAGGCAGUGGCUGUUCUUAUUUCCAAAAUGCCACGUUUGCGUCCCGAACUAGAAGCUGGAAGAUUAGGUGAAUGCUAUAGAGCCAAACCUGAUUUUGUCAAGGCUUGGGAGAAAUGGCGGGCACAUAUUACUAAGCUGGACUGUAGUGCAUACUGGGUUCGUUGUGAUCAUAACCAGACCCGGGAAGGUUUGAGGAAUAUGCUACAAAUCAUGCUGGGAAACACAAACAGUCUUUGCACUGCAACGUGUCACUGGAUGGAGCUAUAUAUUGCUCACUUUCUAUACAUAAGGCCAUUCACGGCGGGUUUAGAAAGUAUGUAUAGCCUAGCCCAGAAAUGCAUGCAGUUAAAACCGAUGACCAUAUCCCAUAGGUUGAUACGACUUCUGCUUGGAAUUAUAGGAGAUAAUACCGAGGUUGUCUUAGCUGAAUGCUCCAGAGCAUUUGGCCCUUGGAUGGUUGCACAUGCCAUAGAGUUGUUGGCUUCCGGGAGUGAUCAAGCAGAGACUCUUCUUCGUGAAGAGCAUUAUAACUUGGGUGGAAUCAGCAUUGAAGAACUCCAUCGACUUGUCUAUGCCCAAGUUCUAUCUUCGGAUGCAUUGACUUGGCAAAUAGCUCCAAUUUAUUUGACAUCAUGCAUAAAGCAGGGGAUGGGUUUGUUAGAGAUUCUAUUGAGCAAGCAACCUGUUCAAGAUGUUCAAAUACUCCUUAAGGUCAUAGAGAUAUGCCGUCUAUACGAACUUGACAGUGUUAGUUCAAAUAUUAUGAAGAUUGCUGGAGUAUACCACUGGAAGCAUGGAAGGAAAGGUUCUGGAGUAUUUUGGCUUCAGCAAGCCCGAGAUGAAGUUCGUCUGAACAGGAUUGCUCAGCAGUUGUUUGAUUUUGUUGGGCAAUCAAUCUCUGAUGAAAGUUUCAAGCAAUGGGAAGGAUUGAUUGAAUUGUUGGGUGCUGAAUCUAAGACUGCUGGAGGUCUUGAGUUUCUGCACAAGUACAGGGAUUUUAAAAAAUUCCUUAAGCAGGUUAACAAUGGAAAAACUACUGAUGCCGCGCGGCAAGCUGUAGAAUCUCUUAUAUCUCUUAUGAAAAACCCCUCUACACCUCGGCAAUUUUGGCUGCCUAUUCUGUAUGACUCGUUGAAGCUGCUCAGUUGGCAGGAGCGCCCUCUGCUAAAUGUCUCCGAGACCAACCUUUUGUUGAAUAAACUGCAAGAGUUGUCCAUGGCGAAGCUGAGACCAGACUUCAUUGAAGCCAACCUGCCACCCCAGGCCUUAGGCUCUGUUAGGCUAGCUCUUGCUACAAAUCUUGGACGUGCUAUCGUGGAAGAAUGAUGAAGUAUACUUCUGGCAUAACUAGUUUGCCAUCGGUGCACCGGGGUGGUGCUGCCUGGACAGCAUGAACUGUUUCAAUGGGUGUCCCCCUACUUGUAAUUAUGAUAGCAGUCUAACCGACAGUUUGGAGAAGCUGAAUAUUGACGUCGUUGCUGGGAAAGGGUGCGUAACUGUUGUAAAUUUGCAUGAUGUUCACCCAAGUCACCCACAUUUUACAGCAGAAACGGCAGUUAAAAAAGUGUCUACGAUUACAACCCAGAGAAAACGGGCCACCGGCAGGGGAUAAACGAUAGAAGAGGGCAUUAGAUUUUUCUGCCUUGAUGUUUAUCUUAUCUAUAACCUUUUGUGUACCAUUAGGAUCAA